AUGGCACACGCUGUCUUCAUUCAUCAUGGUCCCUACGAAUCCAUCCCCGACCAUGCAACUCCCGGUCUACGAUUCCUCACGCGUUUCCUCCCAGCCGUGGACAAUCUCAACCCAGUUCCUAACCCUGUUAGUAAUUUCUUCGAUCCAAAUGCGCCUAUCACCAUCGACAACAAUCCUCCAAACCCAGCCAAGUCUGCACUCCCCCUCCUCGAAGUCCGAAGCCGCCACUUGUCGCACUUUAGACACGAAAUCAAUAUUGCGUGGGAUAUGGACCUCAGCAACACACUAUCCAACAACGGCUCCAGGAACAAUAAUCCAGAUCAAUACUCGAACCCCGAUGAGCGAAAUGAUACACAGGGUCCCUUGAAACGAACUGUCAUGUUUGAGGCGACAUCCGAAACGAUUUUUAAAGUUGAUCCAGACCAACUCCCCAUAAAGAUUCAAGAGUUCAACAUUUUGGAUCUAGAGGGUUCAAACGAAAACGAACUUCAAGUUAAAGAAAUGCGCAUCUACCUCGAGGCAAGACCUGUUCAGGCUCGUGCAGCUGCAUUACAAAUGGAAUCAGCAUUUGGUGAGUCACAAAGGGAGACACAACUGGAAUAG